AUGCUAAUAAUUAAUGGAAUUAGUGCUAUAAUAUGCAUUGUUUUACAAGCAUUUCUACUUAUUAAGCCAACUUCUAUUCGUUAUAUAAUUUAUGGUAUUGUGCAAUUAGUUGCAACAACAACAAUUGCUUUAUUACCAUAUGGUUAUUCAGCUCUUUUACCUACUACAUUAGUAAUUUUUACAAUUUAUGCUCUAAUACCAAUAAAAAUUAUUUACUCAUCAAUUAUUUGCUGUAUCUUGUCAGUGCUACAAUUAUUGGCGCUUAUUUUUCUUACCCAAAUACCAUUUGCAAUGAGUCAGUUUUUGGCAAUAGCAAUUUUUCAUGCGUGGGUACAUUUCAUCGGGUUUUAUUCAUAUUCAACACGUGAACAAAUUUGCCGUGCUGCAUUUCUGCGUGCCAGAAAUGCAUUUGCUGCAGAAAAACGCGCUGUGCAAGAAAAUGCUAAACUUAUGGAUUUGCUGCAAACUGCAGUACCAUCACAUUUAGUGCAUGCAGCACGUCAACAAUUUGCUAAAUCUCCGCCAACAAUUUAUACGGAACAUUACAAUCAAACUAGUGUUGUAUAUUGUCGCUUAGUUGGUUUGGAAGAUGUCUUGUCAUGUUGUAGUGCUCAAGAUUCGGCGCAAUUGUUGAAUGAAUUUAAUGCUCGAAUUGAUCAAAUUAUCAAAAAAUGUGGUUGUAUUCGUUUACAAUCCGAUGGCAUUCUCGUAAUCUCAGGUAUCCCAGCAGCACGUGAUGACCACCUUAAGAAUGCAAUUUCUUUUGCAUGCGAUUUACAAGCACUUAUAAGGAGUUUUUGUGAUGCAACAAUUGUGGAUUUGCAAUUGCGUUGCGGAAUUGAAUGUGGUGCCGUAUCGUGUGGAAUAUUUGGCUUAACAAAAUGGCAUUAUGAUGCUAUUGGAUAUCCGAUUGAAGAAGCUAUUAACAUUGAACGGAUUGCACCUGAAAGUGGAAUAUAUAUGGCAGAUGGGGCAAAGCGUCAAGCUGAAUGUAAUUUUCGAUUUGAAAAAUGUGGGCAACUUUGGCGCCUUACAAAUGAUCAAUAUUAUUAUUGUGAUAGCAAUUUAUCAUCAUCAAUAUUAUUUCCAAAUUUGAAACGAUUUUCAUUAGUUACAAUACCACAAGCAAUUAAUAGGCUAUUACAAACAAUAUCAUCGGCUAAUGAUACUUUACUUAAGAAUAAUGCUACAAUGGGUGGACGACGGAAAAAACGAAUGGAUAAAUUAUCAUUGAUGAAUGGAAAAAAAAGUACUGAUAAAGAUAAUACUGGCAGAAGUGUAAUGCACAGUUGGUUAUUAUGCUUUCGAAAUCAACAAAUGGAAAAAGCGUAUCAAAUACAAUUUGAUCAGUGGUUUGUGCCAGCAUUAGCUAUCAGUAUACUUUUUCUUGUUGUCUAUGGUAUUUAUCAUGUUUUGGUUUUGCCAAGGCAAAUUUCAACGCUUAUUAUGAUUAUCAUAUCAUUGGCUAUCAUUUUUAUGAUAUUACUCACACUUUAUGCAAAUUUUUUCCAAAAUUUUUGUCAAUUUAUAACGAGGACAGCUAUUGGUCAUACAGUUAUUAUUUUAUUAAUUAUAUCACUUUUAUUUAUAUGCGGCAUUGUUAAUGCAUUUUCCUGUCCACAAAAUUCAAAUUUGACACCGCUAGAUGAAUGUGGUAUUGUACAUUUUUCACAACUUAAUUGUGCCUUUUGGAUGCUUCUCACAUCUGUUUUCGUACGUUUCCCGUCAUUGGUACUAUUUGGCGCAUUGCUAGUUGCAUUUGCGCUAUAUUCUUGUCAUACAUUUAUUACCCAUCCGAUGCUUUACGUCAAUUACGAGCAAUUUGUUACAGUAAACAAUAUUGAAUUAGAAUUAUUAAGUAGCCUUUUCAUGUUGUCAUUGCUUAUUUUUCUUCAUUUUCGAAGAAAUGAACGGAUUUUGCGGCUUGAAUUUAUGUCAAAACUUAAGGAAUUAGAUGAGACAUCAAAUGCUGAACGAAUUGAAUUAGCUAAUCAACAAAUGCUUCAAAAUGCUCUACCGUCGCAUAUUGCGCAGAGUUUUCCAAGCAAAUCUGAUCUUUACCAUCAUAUUUGUCAUAGUGUUGGCAUAGCUCAUAUCAGUAUUUUAAGCGAUGAUGAUAAUGGUGAAACUGCCGUACGAAAUCUUAAAAAUUUAAUAUGCAUUUUUGAUCAGAUUGUUAUGCAACAUCGUGGAAUUGAGAAAAUUCGAGGAUGCCAAAAAAAUUAUAUUGUUGCAGUGGGUGUCAUCCCAGAUUUUUGUAAAAAUGUUCACGAUACGCCAUCAACAAUUGGUGACUUACUUGCUGAGCUUACGCAAUUUGCAUUAGAUAUUUCAGCAUUUGCAGCUGAUCAUGGCAUUUCAUUAAAUAUCGGUAUUGAUUGCGGAUCAGUUCUAUCAACUGUUAUUAACAAUCAAAAGCCUACAUAUGAAUUAAUUGGUAUGCCGUGCUUGGGUGCUCGUACCUUAAUGCAACAUGCAAAUUGUUACGGUAUUAUGGUAUCCGAGGAAAUUUAUUUAGCACUUAGGCCAAGAAAUUUUAAUUUUGAUUCAAGGCCAAUCAAAAUUUCACGAACACUUAAUGCAUAUGUAUUCGAGGAUAAUUAUCCGGAUACCAGUUAUCAGGCUGAUGAAACAGAUAUUAAUUCAUUAUCUUUACCACCAGAGCAAAAUUCAACAUCACAAAAUCCAUUAGAGAUGUUUGCUUCAAUGAAUUCCUCAUUUUCAUCUGAAGUAUAUUCAAUCGAUGUUGGCGUUGAAACGGAUUCAGAAAUGGAAUGGAUUACACCGGAAAUGUUAUUGUAUGAAAAAAAUGCUGAAUUUGCAAAUAAUACACAACCAUCAACUUCAUCAGUUCAACUUUCAGCACAUGUUAAUGAAAAUUAUUUCGAUUCUCAAGCAUAUAUAUCGUCUGAUUCACAAUGUAAUCAAUCAGUGACACCAGAACGAAAUCGUCGUCUUCGAUUUUAUAUGAGACGAACUCCAAGUUGGUUGAACCGAUCGAUGACAUCGGAUACAAGUCGAAUAUUUGAUGGAAAUGAUAAGCUUGCUGCUGCAGCAAGUCGUGUUGAUCGAAUGUUAGCUGAGUUAACAGCUAUUGCUGAUUUUAAUCCGACACCUGAAGAUCAUCCGUUUCCAACUGCACUUUCUACCUCAACGAAAAGUUUGAGAAGAGAUAUAUCAAGUGCUUGUCACACCGAAUAUGAUAAUGCUGAAUCAGAAGGUAAUUGGUCUGAUUCUGAAAUGCACAAUGAUCGUUUAGAACGACUUCACAAAAGUUUAAGAGAAUGUAGUGGUGUAAGUAAUCCACAACGACAGAAGUGUAGAUUGUGGAGUCAAAGUGAUAAUGGUAAUGAUGCUGAUAUUGAUAGUAUCUGUUCAUCAAUUGGCACACCAUCUUUUUUUAGCAAUCUUCGAUGGAAUAGUGUUCAUUCGAUUGGUUAUGAAAAUGAAUAUGAAUUUGCUUCUAAAGAAGAUCUCAAAGAGAUUGCUCGUAGUCAAAUGGAAGCGUUAAGUCGCGAUAUACGUAUGAGUUUUGGUGAUUACCAACUUACCACUUUUUCAAAUCAUACUCCAUAA